AUGCUAGCCUCGGCAGAAAUUCUCAGCUCAGACGAGAUGUAUACUCUGAUGAAAAAAGUAGGCCCGAUGCAGAUAACCAGCCAACAACUGGGCACAGGAAAAAAUCCCUCCGUGUCUACUACAAGAGAAGGUAAUCGGACGAACGUGACGAGAAGCGACGAGAAAAUGACGCAGCAACUACAGUCAUCGUUGGUACCGCAACAGACAAGUCCUGGAGGGAGAGUGACACCGGCGCUGAUCUCUGCAGGGAAAGCUCGACAUCGAUCCCGUAGACCGAGCAAGUCUAUACCCAUGUUACCAUUUGGGACUGUAAUUCAGGGAAAGUACGAGCUGCAACAGGUUCUUGGUGCUGGUGGUUAUGGCCAAAUAUUCAAAGCGUAUGACUCCAACAAAAACCUUCACGUUGCAAUAAAAAUUAUGCAGAAGAAACAUGAACCACAACGAAUGAUAUUAGAACAGCAAAUACUAUUCGCUCUUAAAGGCAAACCAGAAUUCCCACAACUAUAUGGAAGUGGUUCAUUCGACGACUACAUGUUUAUCGUCAUGGAGCUGUUAGGGAAGAGCUUGUCAGAGCUGAGAAAAAAGAAUGAGGGAAAGAAGUUCGAUGCCAUAACGGCGCUACGCGUCGGUCUUCUUAUGACAGACACACUGAAAGUACUUCAUGACAUGGGGUAUCUUCACAGGGAUGUUAAACCUGGAAAUAUGUGUGUUGGACCAACACCAGCCACUAUCCGAAGAAUUUAUCUGUUGGAUUUUGGCCUUGCGCGACAAUUCAAGGAUAAAGGAAUAAUAAAACGUCGCGGUCAUGUCGGAUUCCGAGGCACACUUCGGUAUGUGUCGCUGAAUGUACAUGAAAGAAGGGAUCAGUGCACUUGUGAUGACUUGAUAUCAAAUUUCUACUCGAUGGCUGAGCUUUCCGAAGGUUGCCUGCCAUGGACUAGGUUACGGGACCCUGAAGACAUCGCGAGACGGAAAAGGAACGCAUCUUUCGAGGAAUUAUUCCCGUUAGUUAAGUUCGUUAUGGUUGUUAUGGUGCAGAGGUUUUCUUAUCCGUCGGAAACGAUCUUGAUAAAGGAUAAAAUAUCUCGAUCCGCUCCAUUUUGGAAUGCGGCUCAAUUUGUACAA